CAUUGGUCAAAAGGGAAACCUUAUUCAUAUUUGGAAGUACUAAUAAGACUUCUCGACUGGCAGAGUUUCCCAUUACAAGGUCAACAUAACUAUUGUGUUAGACUUUGAUCAAGUGGGAAACCUAAAGCUAGGCUACCCCAUACAUGCAUUUUGACAAAAUUAGCCUUCAAAAGGACUCUCAUAUUCCUUUAAAUUAAUAUGAUCAUAUUCAUAUUAGUAGGAACCAAAAUACAAAAUACAAAAUGGAAUACAAGACUUAUAACCCUUUAAAGGAUUGGGCUAUAAAAUCAAUGAUUUAAAAACAGAGCAAGCCCAUGCUUUUGCAGCGUACAAAUACAUAUAUUCCCUCAACAUUCUUUUUUCUCUGCAUCGCUUCGCUCUCCAAUGGAUACCUCUAAUCUCUUCCUCUCCUUCUUCUAUUGCUGCUUCCUCCUCUCCUCAGGAUACAUAUGCAUCCAAGGUUCGCCUCUCAACCACCACCACCACCACCAUCGGCGGCAGAAGCACGAGAUUUCCGAUGAGGGUGCGAUGCCGACGAAGCUAUUCGUAUUCGGAGAUUCAUAUGCAGACACCGGCAACAUCCGGAAAUCCUUAGGCAACUCGUGGAAUGAGCCGUACGGCACCACCUUUCCCGGAAAACCCGCCGGCCGCUUCUCCGACGGCCGCAUCCUCACCGAUUACCUUGCCAAGUUCCUGGGAGUGAAGUCUCCGUUGGCGUACGAAUGGAUGGAAUUGGGCGGGAAGAAGUUGCAGAAUGGGCUGAAUUUCGCGUAUGGAGGGAGUGGCGUUUUCAACACUUUGGGCGAUCUGCUGCCCAAUAUGAGCACUCAGAUUGGAUUUUUCGACAAACUUAUGCAUGAUUCUGUCUACACCAAAUGGGAUUUGAAGUCCUCUGUUGUUCUUGUCUGCCUCUCCGGCAACGAUUAUGGUGCUUUUCUUGCCCAAGGUGGAACUAUGCAGGAUCUUGAAAAGUUCAUCCCGCGCGUGGUGAAGCAACUAGGCGCCAACUUAAAACGGCUCCAAGAGAUGGGAGCGACUAAGGUUGCGGUGACCUCUCUCCAGCCGCUGGGCUGCCUUCCUCGGAGCACCGUCGAUUCAUCUUUCCAGCGGUGCAACACCACCCAGAAUGAGGCGGUGGCGUACCACAACCUCCUCCUGCAGCAAGCCCUCGCUGAACUCAACAACAAAACCUCCACCUUCUUCCUCAUCGAUCUCUACACCUCCUUCACAACCGUGCUCAACCAAAGACGAGACUAUCAAGGUAAUUUCAGAUUCCAGACUCCGUUGAAGCCGUGUUGCGCCGGGAUCGACGGAUACUUUUGCGGCGGCGUCGAUGAGAAGGGUACCAAAAUGUAUACGGUUUGCAGCGAUCCCAAAUCGGCCUUCUUCUGGGAUUCGUCGCAUCCAACUGAGGCUGGAUGGCAUGCCGUUUACACCACCUUUAAAUCUAGCCUUCAACAAGUUUUUAAAUCAUUCUAGCUUUCUGCAUGCGUUGCCUCUUCUUUAUGUCUCAUCUCUUUUGUUUUUUGGUUUUUUCGUGCUCCUAUCGAAUCGUUGGUAUAUUCUGUUAAGUUGGAAAUUUGUUUGAUUA